CUAAGAUGGCGUUGGAUAUUUCGGAUACGUUCCGAUCCGGCCAGAUGUAAAGCUCAGUAUGAAGUACGGCCAACAUCCGAUGUGGGAAAGGGCAGACGUUGACUCCCAGUCUUCCCCCGGACUUGAAUUUUAUGCCCACCCUGGGCAAUGGCCAUCUGGGCUAUACGGUUUUCGGAGAUGCUAUCUUCAUGAACGGAGUCUACAACGGAGCCGGAGGUAAUAGCAAACGAGCUCGCAUCCCCAACUGGCUAAACAUCAGCUCGGAAGUUUGUGAUCGGUUCGGAUGUGCCUCUGGAGAGGAUGUGGAGGUAAAUGGAACAAGCUACGAGAUGGAUCUGCGAGAUGGCUACUUCCGCGAACGAACAACCUACAGAAAACUAGGAUUUACAGUGGAACAGAGAACCUAUACACACAAGUUCUACAAUCGUGCUUUGGUCUAUGAAGUGGUAGUUACCAGGCUUGACAGCCGAAAUACGAGAGCUAACGCUCCAAAGUUCCUGAAGCUUACUCAGUAUCCCGGUAACUCCAGCGAUGCCUUUGAUUUUGUACUUGUGAGCAAUGGCAGCUCUUCCAGCGGAGAUUAUCGCACUCUUCGGGGUCGCACAAAGGUUCUUGAGUUUGAGAAAUUUCAAACGGAUCCCCAGGAGAUCUUUGUCCUGUUCAGUCAAUCCUUGGAGCAACCCUUACAAGUGCAAUGGCCCACCUGGCAGGAGCAGUUGAGCUAUAGCAUUAUCAUCACCAUGGAUAGAGACGAAAGUGUUGCCCGAAAGGAACUCCAAGAUGUGCUCAAGUUAAGCUCCAGAACUCUUCUCCAGAAGCACACAGAAUCGUGGAACAGCUUUUGGGACAACGAAUUCUCCAUUGAACUGAAGGGUGAUGCUCUAGAGCUCUCCCAAAUUGUUAACGCUGGCAUCUUUUAUUUGGUUAGUUCUCUACCGUCAAUUAAUACCAAUCAGAAAAACGAACCAUUCUAUGGAUUGAGUCCCACUGGCUUGGGACGUGGCAACCUGGAGGCGGAUUAUCAGGGGCACAACUUUUGGGACACCGAGAUCUGGAUGCUGCCGGUGGUCACUCAAUUCGGCUUGGAGUACGCAAAACAGGUGUUGGACUACCGACACAGGAAAUUAGAGGCAGCUAAAUAUCAUGCCAAUGCCACUGGCUAUAAGGGAGCCAGGUUUCCCUGGGAAAGUGCCUACACUGGGACUGAGGUCACCAAUCCCUGCUGCCCCGAAGUGGCGCAACAGGAGAUUCACAUAUCCCCCGAUAUAUCCUUUGCUCUCCAAAGGUUCUACUCCCAAUCAUUGGAUAAGGAGUGGGCCUGUAAUACAGCUUGGCCCAUAGCCGCAGAGGUGGCCAAGUUCCUGGUGAGUCGGGCAUCGUGUGACGAUUCCCAAAAUAUGUGCCACUUCCUUAAGGUAAUGGGACCCGAUGAGGAUCACCCGGACGUAAAUGAUAAUGUGUACACAAAUGCUGUUUCUAAAAUUGCAUUGGAUUUUGCCGAGUGGUUGGGUCCAAUGUGUGGGAACACCAGCACAGAACUCUUUGAAAGAUGGCGUGAGCUUAGCGACCGAUUGCUGAUUCUACAGGAUGAGGUCCUUAACUACCAUCCCCAGCACCAGGGUUAUAUCCUAAACACCACUGUGAAGCAGGCGGACACCAUUCUACUUGGGUAUCCGUUACGAUUCGAUAUCAGCUCCACACACUUAAAUGAUCUUCGCUUUUAUGCAAAUGCAACCCGAGAAUCGGGUCCUGCGAUGACCUGGUCCAUGUUCUCCGCCAAUUAUCUUGUCUCCAGGCAGGAUAAGCUGGCCAACGAGUAUUUCGAGCGUGGCUACAAGAGCUAUGUUAGACCCGAGUUCAAGGUGUGGAGUGAGACCCCGCUCGGCUACGAAGGAUCGGCGAAUUUCCUCACCGGCAUCGGUGGCUUCCUGCAGACCUUGAUCUUCGGUUACGGCGGCCUGGACUUUGGCAGGGUUGGUGACCAGUUUUCGAUGAUUAUACGUCGAACUUUAACGCCCCCAAACGUAGACGAGAUCCAUAUCAAUUCUAUUCCAUAUGAAGAUGCUAAGUGUAGCUUUACCAUCAGGUUUCAAUCCAGCGAAAUUGUCUGUUGGGACAGGUUUGGUCCGGGUUUCCAGAUGGUUCAAGAUCAGAGGAGGACGUUUCUUGGCAGAUCCUUUAACUUUACCCAUAGGAACGAGGAUCCCCCCAUCGAAAUCAGUUUCUUGAGAUAAAUCCAAAGUGUAUUUGAAUAAAUAUGAAGAGAAUUACAUAUUUGGGCCGGAUGCA